CUUCAUAGCGUGCGAGUAGUGCAAAUAGACUGCAACUCCGCACGAGCUCAACAGUUUUGUUUUUGCGAUCGCACGCGGAGGAACGGAAGAUCAACGGAAACUUUAAUAAAAACCAUCACCUUUUUUUGACAACUUUACCAAAGAAGCAAGAAAGGCAACUCGACAUAGAAGUCUCGCUGGAAAUAAUGAUUUUCGACAAACUGAAUAAGUUUUACAUCGUCUUCGACUCGCCGGAGAUCGACUCCCCUCCCGUCUUCAGCAGCGGAGAUGUGGUGUCCGGGAAGGUCGUGCUGGAGUUUGCAAGGCAGAGUAAAGUGGAGUCUCUAAAGCUGCACGCCGAAGGUUUUGCCAAAGUGCACUGGACCGAGUCCCGCUCGGCUGGAUCCAGCACCGCCUACACUCAGAACUACAGCGACGAGGUGGAGUACCUCAACCGGAGAGAGGUGCUGCUGCAGGCAGAUAAUGGUGAGCUGACCCUCCUUUCGGCCGGCAGACAUGAGUUCCCAUUCAGCUUCCAGCUGCCCGAGGAGACACUGGUCACCUCCUUCGAGGGGAAGCACGGCAGCAUCCGUUACUGGGUCAAAGUCAAGCUGCACCGGCCCUGGGCCACUGUCCGGAAGAUCAAGAAGGAGUUCACUGUCAUCGAGCCCAUCGACAUUAACACACCAGCCUUACUGGCUCCUCAGGCCGGUACCAAGGAUAAGAUGGCACGAGUAUGGUACAGAACCUUUGGACAGGUGUCUGCAACUGCCAAGAUUGACCGCAAAGGCUACACACCAGGCGAAGUGAUUCCUGUGUUUGCCGAGUUUGACAACUCUACCUCCCGGUCGGUGGUGCCCAAGGCAUACAUCACACAGACCCAGACGUUCAUUGCUCGUGGCACCAUGAAGCAGAAGCGGUCUGUGGUUGCUACACUCUGUGGGGAUGUUGUAGGUGCCAGGCAGAGAGAGACGUGGCAUGGUCGUGCCAUUAAGAUCCCCCCUGUUGGCCCUUCCAUCCUUCAGUGUCGCAUCAUUAAAGUGGAAUACACACUCAGGGUUUGUGUGGAUGUUCCUGGGACAUCCAAGUUGUGUCUGGAGCUGCCUCUAGUCAUGGGCACCAUCCCUCUUCAUCCCUUCGGUAGCCGCACCUCCAGUGUCAGCAGCCAGUACAGCGUCAACCUGGAUUGGCUCCGCAUGGCCAUCCCUGAGCAGCCGGAGCCUCCUCCAGACUACAGCUCUGUGGUUAGCGAGGAGGAGGCCGAGCAGCAGAACUCUGUGGCUUCCCGUCCAGCCGAGGACCUGAGUGGGAUCUUGGAGCGCCCCCUCAUGGCCUUUGUCCAGGAGUUCCGCUUCCGACCCCCGCCGGUGUAUAGCGAGAUCGACCCCAACCCUCAGCCCUUCAACAUGAGACCUCGGUGCAUGACAUGUUGAACCAUGAGCCCCACCUAAGCGUCGAGUGACGGCCUGUUUUGAAUUUAAACAAAAAGCAACCAAGGGAUUUGUCUUCUCCUGGAUUACUUCUUUCCAAAAUAAUGGCACUUGGUCCCGCCUGGUGUCCCAGUCAGGGACUGGAGCGCCAUCGAGAAGUUGGAAGAGAAGGUGCUCACAGGAACUGUCUUGUUUGGGGAGGACCCCCACCCUCACCUACUCUCACAAGCUGCCUUCUUUCAAUCCAGAGACAGAGGGGGGAUGUAUUAUUAAAAUGGGGUGACUUCUCCAUAUUAGUUCCUGUUCUCCCCAUGUGAUUCUGAUUCUGGAUGAAGAAAGCCACUAAUACCUCCCAAUCAACAACUUUCUGCCCCCCUCAUCUGACGUGGUUUUAGUUUUGAUGAGUUUGGGAAAUACUGGUGGGGGAGGGGAGGUCUCUAGAUAUUUAUAAGGCAGUUGGAAAUUGCAGAAGGUAUUUCAGAAGUUUGAAACUUGCUUUUUGUCUGUCGUUUUUACAGUUGCUUGGUGCUCACUUGAGCAAAUAAUCCUCUAUGAAAGGUUCAAAGAAAGAGGUGCAACUGUUGUCUGAAACAACCAACUACCCUUAGCCUGGCAACAUGGCAGAUAUUUAAACCUACCCUCUUACGUGUUUUGACUUGAGUGGUACACCUAUGACCCCUAUGACAACUUCUACUGUUACUCAAACCAAUGUUAAGCACAUAUCUAAUGUCGGAGAGGAGCAGAAUGGUCCAGUCAGCAGGUGUUAUUGUAAGGGAGAUGGGGGGAGAUAAAAAAGGGAAAAAUACACGAGCCUUAAUCAUCUUUAGACCAAGUGUUGAUUGCACGUGAGGGUGACAGAUCGGUUCUCACUGAGGAGUUAAGUGUUCAGAGGAAGAAAAAAGAACAAACAGUUGAAUUCUUUGCAUGUGGAGGAACCUGAAGACACAAGUUGGUGUUAUGUUGUAUGCCGUGCCUACAGCACUGGUAAUUGACGAGAACAAUGGCAUAAGAGGAUAAAAAAAGUUUGUGUUUGAGGCUGCACAAGGCUUGUAGAUGAGCUCUCCUUGCCGCUGUAGAAGAGGAGGAGCAGAGACUUCUGAGCCAUGUGGUUUGAACAUUUGAUUGAAGCCAGAUGCCUCGGUCUUGUUUUGUGAGGCUCGACCAGAACAGUCGGCUCAGUGUUGCAUUAAGCCUUAAGCCAGCGAUGCCACUUUAAAACAUAUAGACUAGAAAGGAAAAAAAAAAACAUUCCACUAAGCAACGGAGGACAACGGUUUAUCCUCACUUCCAAAUAUAGCGCGUAGUAGGAAUGAUGCCUUCAGGGUCAGCAAGUGCUACUUUGGUGGCAUAUGACAAAUAUGAAUGUAUUUUAUACAAAUGCAAUUGUUGAUUCCUCAAGUUUGCCAAAGUUUUGUAAUUUUUUUUUCUAAUAAAAAAAAAAAAGUACGCAGA